AUGGGUGAAUGUUGUUCGGCUUUUUGCAAAGGGAUUGCAAUUUGCUGCAAAUAUACUUAUAAUGGAGUCGUUUACACCAAAGACAAAAUAAAAGACUGUUGUUCAUGCUGGUGAUACCCUUUAAAAGAGAGAUGUUGUGCGUGCUGUGAUUGUUGUGACAGAUAUUAUAAUCCCUAUAAAGAUGAAUCUUAUUCGACAAUAUAA